AUGCUUCAAAGCCUUAUUAAAACAACUUGGGUCCCUAUGAAGCCCUACUAUAGCCAUGUUUACCAGAAGAUUUGGGUAGGAAUGGGGUUGAUGGGCUUCUUCAUUUAUAAAAUCAGGAGUGCUGAUAAAAGAAGUAAAGCUUUGAAAGCUUUGAGCCUUGCACAUGCUCAUGGUCACCAUUAA